AUGCUCCCUGCGCAUGCAAUUGUUGGCGCAGCUAUACCCGCCGAUACACCACACGCAGUAAGUGUGUCGCUACCAACAUGGAGAGCAAAUGUUGGGUACGAAGAGGGUCAAGAAUGGGUCAUGAGUAAAAUGAAGACUGGAUAUCCAAGAUUCUACAUCCAUAAGAGUAUCCAGAAACUUGUACAAUCAAUCCUCCAGAAGUUCGGUCAACCGGACGAAGAUGCCAUGCUUUUCCCCUCUCCUGGGGUUGCUAAACAAUGUAAACAGUUCAUUAAACAGAGAUCUAAAACUAUCCCUGCGCCAAAUGUCAGGGUCAUUGAGCUUGUCUACAACAAAUCAAAGAAUCCCAAAACACCUAAAGAUUCGGAAACUCCAAUUUGGUCAGACCUAUGUACAGUACUAUUCCCUACAGAGGAGUUUAAAUGCGCCAAGGAGUUCUGGCAGCAUAGUGGUGAUGGGGUCUCAAGCCGUAGGGCAGAGUUCUGUCAGAGAGAAUUUGAGGAAGGGUCAUUGGUUGAGAAGAGCUUGGCCGCUGAGCUCGAAGAUAACCAUCCUACUCCACCCCUAGCCCCAAAAGGGCCGAAGCGCUACUCGCGCCUGCCUAGGGUUGAUGCUAAAGUGCAUUCUCAGAGCGAUCUAAAUGGGGAAAUUGGCGAAGACAGUUCCACAUAUGUUGAGGAGCGCUUUGGGCGCAACCUUGACGUCGCAUUCAUCGAGAAUGCAAAGUUAGCUAUUCGUAGAAGGAUUGCAGGCACUUUAAAGUCAAACUUAGCACUUAAGGAUGCUCUAGAGCAGUCGGAUGAGGGUGGAAGACUUGAGGGAGGAUUUUCAGAGAAUGAUGUGUAUUUGCACCCAACCGGAAUGAGUGCGAUAUUCAACACUCAUAGGUUUUUGAUGUCAGCAUUAGGACAUAAGAAGAGUGUUUCCUAUGGAUUCCCAUACAUCGAUACACUCAAAAUUCUCCAAAAAUUCGGGCCGGGCUGUUACUUCUACGGCAAUGGGUCCCAGGAAGAUCUAGAUGAUUUGCAAGCUAAAUGUGAGUCCGGAGAAGAAAUACUAGCCUUAUUCUGCGAGUUUCCUUCAAAUCCGUUACUUAAAGCGCCCAAUCUGGUGCGGAUUCGAGAACUGGCCGAUAAAUACAACUUUGCGGUUGUUAUCGAUGAAACAGUGGGGAACUUCCUCAAUGUCAAUGUGCUUCCGUAUGCGGACGUGGUGGUCAGCAGUUUGACGAAAGUCUUUAGUGGUGACUCUAACGUCAUGGGUGGCAGUUCUGUCUUGAAUCCUAAGGGCCGUUAUUAUCAACAGCUUAAACAGACUUUGAACACUGAAUUCGAAGAUAAUUACUGGGGCGAGGACGCAUUGUUUCUGGAAAGAAAUAGCCGUGACUUUGUUUCUCGGAUCGCGCGUAUUAAUAAAAACGCCGAAACUAUCAUGAAAGAAGUAUACUAUCCAAAGUAUUCGCCUACGAAACCUUAUUAUGACAAUUGCCGUUGCGAAAAUGGCGGGUACGGAGGUCUCCUUAGCGUGAUAUUUUACAGCCGUGAAGAUGCGAUUGCCGUAUUUGAUACAAUGGAAGUUUCGAAGGGUCCAAGUCUUGGGACAAACUUCACACUAGCUUCCCCAUACACGCUUCUUGCGCAUUAUGGGGAGUUAGAUUGGGCUGCUCAGUUUGGGGUGGCGAGUGAUCUCAUAAGAAUCAGUGUUGGUUUAGAGGAAACGGAGGAGUUGGUAGAUGUUUUAAAUAGAGCAUUGGCAGUUCUAUAG